AUGGAUCAAAGAAAAGUAAAUUUUACUGUGACUGAGUUUGUAUUUCUGGGGCUGUCAUCUGAUCCCAAGACACAGCUGGUUCUCUUUUUUGUUUUCUUGCUUUUCUAUAUAUUGUCAGUGGUGGGCAAUGUCAUCAUCAUCACUAUUAUCCAGAUAGAACCUCGCCUGCAGACCCCCAUGUACUUCUUCCUCACGAACCUGUCCUUUUUGGACAUCUGCUACACAUCUACCAAUGUCCCACAGAUGCUUUCCAACAUGGUGGGGAGUAAGAAGACUAUCCCGUUUGCCAGCUGUGCUACUCAGAUGUACUUCUCGCUCUCCUUUGGAAUGAUUGAAUGUGUUCUUCUUGGGGUCAUGGCUUAUGACAGAUAUGUAGCCAUUUGUCACCCUCUUCAUUACACUGUUAUUAUGGACCAAAACACCUGUGUCCAACUGGCAGCCAUUUCUUGGUCCAGCAGUUUCCUGAGCUCCAUGGUUAUCAACAUUCUCACCUUGAGUUUGCCCUAUUGUGGACCAAAUGUCCUGAAUCACUUUUUCUGUGAGGUUCCCUCAGUUCUGAGGCUGGCUUGUACUGACACCUCACUCACUGAGCUAGUGGUGUUUGUAUUCAGCAUCAUCAUCGUCUUCAUUCCUUUCCUCCUUAUUAUUGUUUCCUACGCCCGGGUCCUUUGUUCUGUUCUCAGGAUGAGGUCAUCCUCAGGGAGGCAUAAGGCUCUGUCCACCUGUGCCUCCCAUCUGACAGUUGUGACCUUAUUCUAUGGAACUGCCAUCUUUAUGUACAUGAGACCCCAGUCAAAAUCCUCCAGGGCUGGUGGUAAGGUCAUUGCAGUGUUCUACACUGUAGUGACACCUAUGCUCAAUCCAUUAAUCUACAGUUUAAGGAACCAGGAUGUUAAAGGGUCUCUGAGGAGAGCUAUGACAAAACAGAACACAUAA